GGGACCAACACCCUGACCCCGUCAUGGAUGGGGGCAAGGGGCCCAGACUCAGAGACUUCCUGAGUGGGAGCCUGGCCACCUGGGCCCUCGGACUGGCUGGGCUGGUGGGGGAGGCGGAAGAGCCGGAGGAGGAAGAGGAGGAGGAAGGAGAGAGGCCCCUUUGUCCGGAGAAGAGGUUCUUGCGUCUCAGCGAUGGCGCCCUGCUCCUCCGGGUGCUGGGCAUCAUGGCCCCUACUUCCCGAGGAGACCCUCGGAUGAUCAGGGGCCACGGUGGUCCCGCAGCCUGGCGGGUGCGGAACCUGAACCAGCUGUGGUGCCGACUGCGGGACUUCUACCAGGAGGAGCUGCAGCUGCUGAUCCUGUCGCCACCCCCAGACUUCCAGACGUUGGGAUUUGACCCCUUCUCAGAGGAGGCGGUGGAGGAGCUGGAAGGCAUCCUUCGGCUGUUGCUGGGGGCGUCAGUGCAGUGUGAGCACCGUGAACUCUUCAUCCGGCACAUCCAGGGCCUCAGCCUCGAGGUCCAGAGUGAGCUGGCUGCUGCCAUCCAGGAGGUGACCCAGCCCGGGGCGGGCAUGGUGCUGGCCCUGGCUGGGCCUGAGCCUGGGGAGCUGGCACCUCCGGAGCUGGAGAUGCUGUCCCGGAGCCUGAUGGGGACACUACUGAGACUGGCGAGGGAGCGUGACGUGGGGGCCCAGCGGUUGGCUGAACUGCUGCUGGAGCGAGACUCGGCCCCCUUAUUGCCUGAGGCUCCUUCUAGGACUGCCCCGGAGGGCCCGUCACACCACCUGGCCCUGCAGCUGGCCAACAGCAAGGCACAGCUGCGGCGCCUGCGGCAGGAGCUGGAGGAGAAGGCCGAGCUGCUGCUAGACUCCCAGGCGGAGGUGCAGGGCUUGGAGGCUGAAAUUCGCAGGCUCCGCCAGGAGGCCCAGGCGCUGUCGGGACAGGCCAAGCGGGCCGAGCUGUACCGCGAGGAGGCGGAGGCGCUGCGGGAGCGGGUGGGCCGCCUGCCCCGCCUGCAGGAGGAGCUGCGGCGCUGCCGCGAGCGGCUGCAGGCGGCCGAGGCCUGCAAGGGCCAGCUAGAGGAGGAGCGGGUGCUCUCAGGGGCUCUGGAGGCCUCGAAGGCGCUGCUGGAGGAGCAGCUGGAGGCCGCUCAGGAGCGCUGUGCUCGGCUGCAUGAGACUCAGCGCGAGAACCUGCUGCUGCGGACCCGGCUUGGGGAGGCCCACGUGGAGGUGGACUCUCUGCGGCAUCAGGUGGACCAGCUGGCAGAGGAGAACGUGGAGCUGGAACUGGAGCUUCAGCGGAGCCUGGAGCCCCCCCCAGGCUCUCCUGGGGAGGCACCCCUGCCAGGAGUGACCCUCUCACUGCAUGAUGAAGUGAGGGAGGCAGAAGCUGGGCGGCUGCGGACCCUGGAGCGGGAGAACCAGGAACUCCGAGGCCUGCUACGGGUGCUGCAGGGGCAGCCAAGGGGCCAGCCCCCCCUGCUGGAGGAGCAGAGUGAGGACUCCAUGGAUCCAGAGCUGGAUGCUGCUCCCCAGUCUCGUCCAGGCUCAGACCACGGCCCCGAGGGCUUGGUUGGCCAGGGAGAGGAUGAAGGUCCCCAGGCCUUGGACCUGGCUCCCCCGGCAUCAGACUCAGCCCUCGAGGGCUUAGCCGAGUGUCCCCAGGCAUCUGAUUCGGACCCACUGGUGACGGAGAGGCCCCUCCAGACAGCUGCCAUGGCCCCCCAGACCCCAGACUUGACGCCCCAGCAGUCAGGCCCCGCUGCAGAGACACAAGAGUACCUGGAGAAGGCUGGCUGUGGAGCUCCUCUCCAGACCCCUGCCUCUGUGGCCCCACCUCAGGGUCCAGAGAUGGAAGUUCAGGCCCAGCUGUUGCUGGGAGGAGAGACUGGGGAGUUGGUGCCCGAAGCCCAGGGGCCGAGACAGGAGGGCAAGCCCGGCCCCUCGGACCCCAGCCUCUGUGUGCAGUUGGAGGAGCAGGAGACCUCAGGCCCGGGGCUGGACCUACCCCAGGAGCAAAGAGAGGCCGGAGAGCAGGAACAGAGGCUGGAGGGGACAGUUGGAGACCCAGCCCAGCCAAGACCACAGCAGAAGCAGGAAGGGGCCCCUGAGGCCCAGGCCUGGGAGGGGCCGAUCCCGGAGGAGAUGUUGGUCAGUCGUGUCACAGAGCAGGAGGCCCUCAAGGAGGAGGUGGUGCGGCGGAGGAGAGAGGCCGAGGCCCUGCGAGCUGAGCUGGAGGCCCAGGCCCGGAGGCUGGAGGCCCGAGGCGCGGAGGCCGCCCGCCUCUCCAAGGAGCUGGCUCGGGCACAGAGGGCAGAGGCCGAGGCCCACCGGGAGGCGGAGGCUCAGGCCCGGGAGCAGGCCCGGCUGCGGGAGGCCGUGGAGGCGGCUGGCCGAGAGCUGGAGGCCGCCUCUCGGGAGCGUGAGGCGCUGGCCGAGGCGCUGGCCGCCGCGGGCCGCGAGCGGAGGCAGUGGGAGCGCGAGGGGCCCCGGCUGCGGGCCCGGGCCGAGGUGGCCGAGGCGCGGCUGCAUGUGCUGGAGGGCGAGGGCCGCGGGCGCCUGGAGGAGGCUGAGCGGGAGCGCCAGCAGAAGGAGGCCCUCCAGGAGGAGCUGGAGAAGGCCGUGGUGCGGGGCCAGGAGCUGGGGGCCCGGCUGGAGUGUCUGCAGAAAGAGCUGGAACAGGCGGCUCUGGAGCGCCAGGAAUUUCUGCGGGAACAAAAGUUCCAGCACGAGAGGUACCAGGGCCUGGAGCAGCGGCUGGAAGCUGAGCUGCGGGCGGCCGCCACCAGCAAGGAGGAGGCGCUGAUGGAACUCAAGUCGAGGGCCCUGCAGUUGGAAGAGGAGCUGUUCCAGCUGCGCCAGGGCCCUGUGGGGCCGGGGCCCAAGGAUGGUGGUGAGCCGAGGAGCAUGGAGGCCCAGAGGGGGCGGCUCAUCGAGGUGGAGCGCAGCAAUGCAACGCUGGUGGCCGAGAAGGCGGCUCUGCAGGGGCAGCUGCAGCACCUGGAGGGGCAGCUGGGCAGCCUGCAGGGGCGGGCCCAGGAGCUGCUGCUACAGAGCCAGCGGGCGCAGGAGCACAGCAGCCGCCUGCAGGCCGAGAAGUCUGUCCUGGAGGUGCAGGGCCAGGAGCUGCACAGGAAGCUGGGGGUGCUGGAGGAGGAGGUGCGGGCGGCCCGCCAGUCCCAGGAGGAGGCCCGAGGGCAGCAGCAGGCCCUGCUACGGGACCACGAGGCCCUGACACAGCUGCAGCGGCGGCAGGAGGCCGAGCUGGAAGGGCUGCUGGCCCGGCACCGCGACCUUAAGGCCAACAUGCGGGCAUUGGAGCUGGCCCACCGGGAGCUGCAGGGCCGGCAUGAGCAGCUGCAGGCCCAGAGGGCCAACGUGGAGGCCCAGGAGCUGGCCCUGCUGGCAGAGCGUGAGCGCCUGGUGCAGGAUGGGCAUCGGCAGCGGGGCCUAGAGGAGGAGCUGCGAAGGCUGCAGAGUGAGCACGACAGAGCUCAGACGCUGCUGGCGGAGGUGUCACGGGAGCGAGGGGAGCUGCAGGGUGAGCGCGGGGAGCUCCGGAGCCGGCUGGCCCGGCUGGAGCUGGAGCGGGCACAGCUGGAGGUGCAGAGCCAGCGACUGCGCGAGUCCAACCAGCAGCUGGACCUGAGCGCCUGCCGGCUGACCACGCAGUGCGAGCUGCUGACGGAGCUGCGGAGCGCCCAGGAAGAGGAGAACCGGCAGCUGCUGGCCGAGGUGCAGGCCCUGAGCAGGGAAAACCGGGAGCUCCUGGAGCGCAGCCUGGAGAGCCGGGACCACCUGCACCGCGAGCAGCGCGAGUACCUGGACCAGCUCAACGCCCUGCGCCGCGAGAAGCAGAAGCUGGUGGAGAAGAUCAUGGACCAGUACCGCGUGCUGGAGCCGGUGCCCCUGCCCCGGACCAAGAAGGGCAGCUGGCUGGCAGACAAGGGUCCCCAUCACCGGCACCCAUGCGCCGGGCCCAGAGCUCCCUCUGCCUGCGGGACGAGACCCUGGCAGGUGGGCAGCGGCGAAAGCUCAGCUCACGAUUCCCUGUGGCACGAAGCUCUGAGUCGUUCAGCCCCGGGGAUACCCCCCGGCAGAGGUUCCGACAGCGCCGACCAGGCCCUCUGGGGGCGCCCAGCUCCCAUGGCAAAGGACCCGGCGUGGGAUGGGAUGGCUCCAUCGAGACCCUGGCGGAACACGAAGCAGAUGCCAACCGAGAGGGCCUCGAGGUGCAGGAACCCGAGAAACGUCCUCUCACCCCUUCCCUCAGCCAGUGACGCCAUGUGGAUGGGGCGCCCGGCAGGGCAGUCUUCUCACCGCUGCAGUCUCAGCGGGGACCCCAGGCAGCCCAAGAACUUGGGGAGCCAGGGCACCCGGGGCAAGUCCUGGGACAAGGAGGCCUGGGCCCCCGGAUCCUGUGCGGCGUGCACUGGGGCCCGGAGAUGGAGCCGGGAUGAGCUCGAGGACAGGGGGCAUGGCCGGCCCCCGCGAGCUGCUCCUUGCUGGGGCUCUGGCUCUGCCACGCGGCCCACGCUGAGGAGGCAGUCUCUGGGGGACCCCCCCAGCUGAAGGAGGCAGGCCGGAGUGGGCAAGAGAGCCCCCUGCCCGGUCCAGGUGGGGAGUCAAGGACCAUGACCUGAGGACUGGGGCCUGGGACCCUCUCUGAGCCUGAGCUGGGACUGAGGGACCUGAGAAUAAAACUGGGAUGCAACCGCCGGAAUCUGCACUCUGCAUCUGCUGGCUGCAUCAGAAGCCGCGAGGCCCAGGACACGUGUGGCCUGGAGCCUGCUCUGCUGGGGCUGGGGAGGGAGGUGUCUGUGGCCGUAGGCCUCCUUGCCCUGCACGGGGCAGCAAAGGGCUUUCCUCAGGGGAGGGGACCGUGGGGUGGGGGUUCUGGUAGCCAGCAGUGGGUGGGGCCUGAGUCUGGGCUCAGCCUUUGCUUUCAAGGGGGGUCUGGGCUCCAGGAUGUGGGGCACUGAGGCCCCAGAGGCCCUGCCCCCUUCCUUCCCUCCCUCUUCUCUCCUCAUCCUCUCCCCCCACUCCUUUGGGGGUGAGCCCCUCCCCAGGGAGUUCCCAGCCAGGUAGGGUGUCGCCUGGAGCCAGGGGCUGUCAUGGAGGGACAAGAGAGGCAGGAGGGACACAGGGUCUCUGCCCGGGGCCUCUGGGACGCCGCCCGGGAACAGGGCAAUUAGGCUGGGUGGCAGGACGUGAGUCAGGGCAGCUGGGCGGCCCCCGGUUGGGCGGGCUGCCCGUCUGAGGUGAGGCAGCCUGAGCCUGAGGGUGGGCUGAGCUGGGAGGGGUGCCAGGCCAGCCUCUCCAGGGUGACCUGCAGCAGCCGCUCACCGGGUUUCCACAGCCCCCCUGGGGACAACCCACGGCCCUGCCUGCCUCUCAGCCAGAGCUCCAGAGGCCGGAAGGGUGGGAAUGGAACCCCCAGGCCCUGGCUUGGCCAGCAGCUGAAA